AGCCAGUCGCAGCCAAAAUAGCGCGAACCGCGAAUCGUCGCGAAUCGUCGCGAACAGUGCAAACGCGCGGAAGGCCGAAAACUAACAUGUUUUAGAAAGUGGCAUGGGCAGUUAAACGCUUGUUCUCUUAAUUAUUACGAACCGCAUCGCGCGGCCAUCCACAGAUCUUCGUAACAUGCAAUAUGGCCUUCUUUCAGCUUGAGAGGCUUCCUGGCUCUGCCCUCUUCACUAUGAGAGCACCAGCUACCUCCCUUCCCAUUUGGUGACCCUUUCUUUGCUUGCACGAUUUCUCGUGUUUUCCGACAUGGAUGUGGAAAGUGGUAGCAUGACACCCCCUGUCUCUCCUGAAGAGCAGCGGAACUUGGGUGUACCUGAGCUCUUUGAGCCAAACGACGUGAACAUGAGCAUGUUGUUUGCGUGCGACACGCAGCAAGGAAAUGCAGCGUGCAGCAUACCGGAAAAUGCACCCUUUAUCAAGCUAUUUGGCAAAGCAUUCUUCAGAAGGCAGUUCUCAAAAAGUCGCAUUCAAGAUGCAUUCUGGGCUGCGAGGGUACGGUUUUCCGAGCUCUUCACUUCCGCGCACGGGCGUAGCACUGCUGCAGACAUGAAACAUGCUCAGAAACUGCAGUUCGAGGUGUCCUGCUUCUUCAGUUAUCUCAGAUACGAGAUGGAAAGGUUCUUAGAUUGCCCAGAGCUGUUGCAGCAUGACAUUGGAUCUGAAGCAGAAAAUGGUUUAACCCUUUCGAGUCUCUGUGGUACCGUCAUGAAAGAAAUUACGCACACGCUGUUGUGCUUUGGGCCAAUUUACAAUCUUCCAGACUCUGUGCUGACUGCUGAUCGAGGAAGCAGUGGCCACAUUCUUCUCCAUAUUUCUCUCGAGGCAUGGUGGACAGCAUUUUAUCUCACACACAUUAUCACUACGUCGAGUAUUUUCUACAGCACUGACUUUCAGAUUUCGUUUUGUGACAUGCAAGGACUUCAAAGCACCAACCCUUUUGUUCAGAUUACAGUGCUGAUCUUGUGGGACCUGUGCACUCUCUCUUGCAAGCUCUACACAAUGCACGACAGGUUAGGAAGUGACAUGAUGAAAUACGUGUGUCCAUGCACCUGUGUGAGCCGGCUUUGGACAAUGGUUAUUGAAGUUAUAAACAAAAGAGAAGCUUAUCAUAGCGAGGGGCACUUCUGGGCUUACAUUGAUUCCAUCUUGGAAGAGUUGAAAAUCGGGGAAGCAAAAAUAUCAAAAGGAUGCAUAGGCAAAUUCUGCUUGACAACAUUUCCGAGGGAUUAUACUUCAAAGGGAAGCCUUUUGCUCUGGCUUCUGACUGAUAUUGCCAAAGUAUACAAGGGAGCUUGCAAUACCAGCUUCCUCAAAGUUCAGGAAAAGAGUAACUUCCCCAUGGCAAAGAAGCUUUUGCAGCAUAUUUUGUUGAAUGACAAGUGUGGAGAGGCACAAAUGAAGGUAGUAAUGCAGUGCUGCAUUGCUCUGCACACACUCUGGUUACCCAGCGUGGACUUACUACUGCCAGUUACAGAAUAUAUCAUAAAGAAUCUGAAUAGCGACUUCCAACAGUCGAAAAGUGUUGCAGCCCUUCAGCAAAUAUGCCGGUCAGCCCAGCAACUAUUCCAUAUCGCCAAGCAGCACACUGGACUGACACAUGUGAGUGCUUCAGACACCAGCUUUGACCUCUACCUUACACUACUAGUGAGAUGCCUUUCAAAAUGUUUUGAAAGUGGUGCAACAAACACAUGGAAGCAACUCAGAGGCAGGUUUUAUAUCAAGUUUCCAAAGAGGCGGAUGCAAGAAUUAACGGAAGCAGGACUUCAAAACUUCAGCUUACUGUUCUUAGUGCUUGCUAUCUCUGCAGAAUUGGAUGAUGUGAUAACGAAAAUGUUUGAACUACUCAGCCUUCUGCCACAUGCUACUUCUGCGAGCAAGAUGUCAGUUGUGUUGAAGGCCAUGUUUGCAGCACUGCUGUGCUUACAAGAGCGCAAUGUUGGCAUGCGUCUGCUGGCUGAAAAAGUCGUCAAGUGGUUUUUCUCCCACUGCCUAGGGAAAGUAGAAGAACGUUCAGAUGCAGUGCUCCUACAGCAGCGGUCUACACUUAUUCCAGUUUAUAUGGAAGGGAUUGUAGAUAUUCUGGACAGCAGUUGCGACUUCAAACUAUCCGAACACAUCCUGAUUGCACCUCAGUUAAAGCAGCUACUCGAACAGGGCACUCACUCGGAACAGUCUAUUUUGCUUCGAGGCAUCCAAGAAGGAAUAGAAAAAGUCAGAAUGGCUGUGAAGACACGCAAAGAUGCCAGUUCAUUCCAGCAAAAUUGCAUGACAGAGGACCAAAGAAAACUCAGCACUGCCAUGUACAGUAGUGUGCUGCCAUUUAUCCACAAGGCUGCGAUGGGGACGUCAGCCACACUACCACAGGCAGCAGUUGUAGACACAGCAGCUGCAGUGACACUUCUUGCCAUGUACAUGCCUUCACACUUGUGCAUACCAAUCAAAGCUAGUUUUUCCAGCCUUUUUGAAUACUUUGGAUGCUCGCCACAUGUUAAUCCAAGGGUUUCCAGUCGGUUUUUGUGUAUGCUGCUGACCGAGGAACAUGUCAUGGAGCAUCUCUCAAGAGCAGUCGCCAAUGUUGAAACACAGUUAAUACGUGCAUGGCUAAGAUGUGCCAUGCUGAUACCCCCGCCAUGUGACCAUACGAUGCAACUCUCACGAAUAAUUCUCAAGCUGAAUGAAGUCUCAAGAAUUACGCUCGGCACAAUUCCAUUGGUGAAGGGUGAUCAUGAGGAGCAUCUGAUGGCGUUCUUCCAAUGUCUCGAAGAGGUGACCUCAAUUGUUGGAGACACGAGUAACCUUGGAACGAAAUCCAACAUGGCAGAAGAACUGCAGGGCUACCUACAGACAUUCAUGAUCAACAUUCUAGCAUUGCUUAAGACAGAAGCACAGUCAUCAUUGCUGCUGCAUGUAUAUAAGACAUGCGGUAUGCUGUGUAGGCACUGCUCAACAUUAUUAUACACUAGGGGGAAGCCAGGUUGUGUUUUGCCUGAACUUUUGAAUGUGCUCCUAACCCCUGGUUCUUCAAAGCGGCCACUUGCUCAAGCACAAACAUUGGCCAUCAAGCAAUCCCUUCCAAUGUUUUUGCAUGGACUGCUGCUGUUGGACGUAAAAUUGGACUCUUAUCUGCAGCGGACCUUCAAGGAACUUAUCACUUACUACCUUCCGUUCUUUGCACUGGCACAAAAUCCUCUGUAUAGCACUGGACAACAUCCACUUCUGCUCUUACUUGGCGACCUUAGAGGCACCCAGAAAAUGGAAGUGUACGUGCAGUUGCUUGCGGAAAGCAUAAGUGAGAACAUUAUCUGCCGAAAGGGAAUGGCACAUCAGCACUGCAAUAAGGGAGCAAAUUUUUUUAAAGAUCUCCUAAGGCAGCUGGAUUGCAUGUCUGACAUUCGCAAAAGUGCCAUAGCCACAUUCUUCUUUCCUGUGAUGGAAAACCUCUUACAUUCGGGGCCAUCCAUAGACAACACACCCUGUGAAAGACUGAUGACAAUGGUCGUUGAAGAGAGCAGAAAAACGUGCAAGACAGCUGAGCAGAGAAAGUACCUCGUCACGGUCAUUGUAAAAUUUGUGCAGAAGCAUGUGACGUGGAACACGUCUAGUGUGUUCAGGCUACUCACUGAAAUAGCUUCGCUAAAUGCCAUGCUCAUAUCUGACAGCAUAUCAGAUAUCUCAGGCGCGGUUGCAAAAACUGAAGAGAAACGAGGAGCUGGGCCCGAUCAAGUGCUACGAAAGUACAUCACGAACUUGCUCAGCCACACGGAGAAGUGCAAAGGCAUCCAGCAGAGGUUAUGAGCCAUUCGUACAGUGUAGUGCUCAUAUUUAUGCAUGUUUGGAAGUUGCAUGUACAGCCCUUUGUAUAAAUGUUAAAUAAAAUAAGUGAUAAAUAUGUUC